CUGGUUUCAACCGGCAACUUGGAAGUCUCGAAAUAAUAGGAGCUUGUCAUAUCUCCUUAUCUUUCUCUUGACAUCCAUCUCAUUUGAGCAAAGCAUCUGCGUCUUGGUAGCGUGCACAGAGGAGAACCUAUUAGUUCUCUCGCUGCCAUUCCCGUACGCGACGAUGCCGAAUACUCCAUCCCAUCUUCCCAAGAAACCUCAAUUUGGACUAUCUGGACCUCAAGCGGCGUCAUCCUCCUCCUCGACACCUCAGGAAGAUCAACGGGUCAUUGACUUUCGGAACGCGACAAACUUUCGCUCAGUGACUAGGAAUGAUCCGACAGUUGAAGAAAUCUUGGAGACCAGUGUCUAUUCAGUAAUAUAUCAAUACGAUGAAGUUGCAGGCGAGUGGGAGAAGCAGAAACAGGAAGGACCUUUGUUUGUGGUGAAAAGAUCCAAAGCACCGGAAUACGCUCUGUUCAUGCUGAAUCGUCAAACGGUCAAAAAUGUUCUCAUUCCAUUGGUCCCCGGAGAGAUCAAAUGCACCGUUGUCGAUUCGAGUACUCUCCAAGUAGCUCGCAGAGGAGAGAAACAACGACGCGGAGUAUGGUUCAGCGAUGGUCAGGUGGACGUGAUCAAGUUCAGGGAUACAAUAGUUCGAAUAUGUGGAGAACCGGUCAAAAAGCAGCCAAGUCCAUCUAUCGCAUCUGCUAUCCCUUUGAACAAUUCCUCACCUGGUAGUAUUCCACCGCCGCCUGUUCCCACCUCGAAGCCAACAAACGCUCCCCUUCCAGCAGACGAUUUUUCGAGAUUGUUUGCGGGUCUGUCUGUAGCCAAUUUAUGGGGACGUUCGGUCUCUGACACAUCCGCUAUCCCUCGACAACACGCACAGGCAACAGGCAUGACACCGCCAAGCGAUCCCGCACGACUCACACGGCAGACUGUAGACAAUGAUAUCGUGACCGCGAAAGCCCCACAAUACUAUGCUGUGACACCACAACCGGAUCCUCUGCCUGUCCCGACUUCCGCCGACUUACCUACUGGUCAAUCAGCAGAAGAUCUGCUAAAUUCUCUCCUCGGUCUCCCAAGAAGCCAACCCAUGCCAUCCGCUCCGCCCCUCGUUUCACCGCCACCCCAACCUCCCGCCCCGCAAAGCAGUGGCCACCCGGUCGUCCUCCAGGGCCAAGUCCCACCACCACCUUUGCCAGAGCCAUCACAUCUGCAGAAUUCAGUCACCGCCUCCGAUCUCCUGUCUCAAUGGGCUCCCCCUCCUUCCGGUCAAAACGCAAUUGUCUCCCCAGACCUUCGAAAGAAGUCGUCAAAGGUCGGCGAAGCGACAUUCGCGCAAGCCGCUGCCGUUCCUCCUCCUCCUCCUCCUCCUCCUCCUCUUCCACCGCAAGGGCCACUUGAGACGUCCCUCAAUGGUCACCAGAUACCUUCGCGAGACCCUCUACGCGAGGCCCUCAUGUUCAAUGUUGGCCACAUGCAGCCCGGAGUUAGGAGCAAGGGAGAGCUCAUUGACCAAGUCAUGUGGCUCUUGCAUAACGACGAGCGGUUUGUUGACAAUCUGUGGUGGAGCUAUCUUGAGCGGACCAAGAGCGGGCCGGGCUAGAUCUGCAGCCUUCUGUUGUGGUAUAUGACGGAGGGUUAUCGAGCUGAGUAGGAUCAGUCUGGCUACGCUUCUGGCAGUCUGUAGACAGCGCUAAAUCUCCAUGCAAUAUAUGACAACAA